UUAAAGAAAGAAAGAAAGAAAGAAUCAUGAUGGACUCUUCUUCAAACUCUGAUGAUCAUCAUGAUCAAGACCUCCAUGGUUCCUCUUCUCUCCCACCUCCUCUUCUUCCUUCUUUCCAUGACUCCAACCAAACCUUCAUUUUGAACAAUGGUGGCUUCAUUCAAAGCAACAAUGGAGUCAUUAUCUCAACCUCAAGAGACUCUAAAACCCUAGGUUUUCAACCUCCACUCUCAUCCAUGGUACAAGAAUUAGGGUUUCACUGGUCUAACAGCAAUGCACCAAACUACAUCAACCAAUCUGACAGCCAAAUGAAAGAUCAUGAUUUCUCAGGUUCUUCAUCCAUCACUGAACAAUUGCAUAUGGCCCUCACCGGUGUACCGCCUUUCGAUAUCUCUUCUUCGACUGGUUUCGCUGAAUCCACAACUAGUAGUUCUACUGCAUGCAGUAGAGGAAACUUUAGCCCGGUUCUUCCAACUAGUCACACUAAUAUCUCAAACCAGAAUCAUCUUUAGUUUUUAAUUUUUCUUGAUUUUAAUUUUACAUUUUUAUUAU